GCAGAUGAUGCACUCUGACAUUUUUCCUCCGAAUGACGAACACAUGGUAUUUCUAUAAUACCCUCAUUCAAUCCCAUGCUAUGUACCGUCGGCAUCUAUCAAAGCGCGGCAUCAGAGAACUAUAUAACAAGUUUACUUGUGGGUAGAGGCUUUAUUUCUGUUUCCUCUGGAUCGAAGUGAGAAGUACCCGAAAACUGUUACAACUUUUUUUGUGAAAGCACGGAGAACCUCUGAUAGCUAUUCUUAGCAUAUGUAGCAAUUAUCCGACUAGUAGCACAGUUCUCGACAUCUCGACGAAUCAAAACAUUGUCACUGGUUGCCAGAAUCUGCUGCGCGGCCAGGAAGAUGGACUCGUAACUUCGUAUGUUUGUGGAAAGGUUUCAGGUUUUGUGGCAGGAAAUUCUCUUUUGCAUCACAACGGAACAAGUUAUUGUACUGGUAUAUAAUGGACCACGACUGCUGGUUGCCGCCAUUUGACAUCUCGAGAAACAACCAUGGCUUACAAACCAUUCCCCAUCACAUUUCCGGCGUUUCUGAAUAAACCUCACCUUAAAGUUUUCCCAGCACCCUGCCCCAAGGACAUAUGCAUGAAACCAGUUUGGUUCUGAUUAAAGCAAAAAUCACCUCGGAAUACUAGCAUUCACUCUAUUUCGCGGUCUCAUCCGAGACCUAACCCCAAGACUGAUAGUAAAGGUUAUCGGCACCGCUGCACCGCACACAGAUAAUCACCAUCAAAGACGAUGCUUGGCGAUACAUGACGAGAAUGUUGUUCCACGUUGGUCAAUCCUGUCUUGUCGAGACUAAUGAACGCCACUGCAUUCAAGGCACUGGAGGGUACUGUCCAGGUCAUGGAGGGUCCCGGAAUUCCACUAAUUAAAACGGAUUCCAGUUACACUCGUUACGUUAGUACCGAAAACUUGAUAUCAGAAUCUCCGAGUAUGGAAUCAAAUGCAAAGCAUGCAGAAGGCAAGUCAAACCUUGGUUUCCGGUUGUACAGUAGGAAACAACUAAUUGAACGCCGAACCCGAGUCGUGGACGCCUCGUUUGUUCUGAGCAUCAUCGGAAUUCUAGCAAAUGUGAUAGACACCGAACUCCGAUAUGGUGACAUCUACACCACAACGGAAUCUGUUAUUCUGCGCAUAAUUACUUCUAUAACCAGCGUGUUAUUAGUAGCCUCGGUGAUUGUAUACAACUUAAUCGGAAUAAAGUUACAACUGAUCACUGCUGGAUUGGAUAAUUGGCGACUAGUCAUUAAUUAUUCCAUAAUUAUAAAAGUUAUGACGGAAGUCAUCAUAUGCUCUAUCCAUCCUUUACCGUACGGUGAAAUUCGGGUACCCGUUGUGGUGGUAACGUAUGGCGAUGAAGGUGCCGUGUUCCAGGAUAGACGUAUUCCUAUCAAUUCCAUUUUAACUGUUCUCAUGUUUUUGCGUCUGUAUUUGCUUUGCAGAUACUUAGUGGUUCACAGCGAUUUAUUUCGCGACACGACCGUGCAGAGCUUAGGUACUCUUAGUAAAGUUAGAAUUAAUGCCCAGUUUGUUUUUAAGGCUCUUAUGACCACACAUCCGGGUUCCUGUCUAACAGCUAUCUUGGUAUGUACCCUUCUGAUAAGUAGUUGGUCGAUAAGAGUAUGUGAGUACCAUACGGUACUGAAAGAUCACGGGAACUAUUUACAAGCGCUGUGGUUGACAGCGGUGACUUUCCUGACUCUUGGAUAUGGUGAUGUAGUUCCAAACAGUAUAUGCGGCCGGAUUAUAGCUAUUGCAACAGGACUGAUGGGAGUGGGCAUCAUGGCUUUAUGUGUAGCAGUAUUGGCUCGAAAACUGGAACAAUCGAGAUCAGAAAAAUACGUGCAUACGUUUGUACAACAAAUAAAACUGGAUAAACUCCACCGCCAUGCCGCAGCAGACGUUGUUAAACAGGCGAUGAUGGUCUGGAAACUUCGUAGAACAGGUCUGUCGUUUCAUUGUCCGCGAAUCUUAAAACACCGCCGAAAACUACUGGACGCCAUUAGGCGAAUGAAAAAAUCACAGUUCAGCAAGUCUCAAAUGAGAGACAGCGUAAUCGGAGUUGUUGAAAUUUCUAAAAAUAUCACGGAAAUAACAGACAAUACCUCAUCCAUUAAAACAGAGCAAGAAAACAUUCAACAAAGACUCGAUACGCUGGAAAAACUCAUCACAAACAUGCAUAGCCAACUGUACGAGCUGCGAGAGUAUCUCCGACAGAAAGAUGCCACAUUGCGGGUUGAUCCGUCAUUAAAACCUACGUAAUACGUCAUCAAAGUCGGUGUAAGCACUAACAUUGUUUCUUUUUUGUGACAUAGCCAUUACGUUAUUUAUUAGUAUGAUGAUGCGGAUGCCGUAUUGGCGUGUCUGUCAUGUAACUUUAGACGUUAUAUGCAAAUAUAUGAUUAUGCAAAUUGUUACGUCUGUUGACGCUUGUUGAACAGUUAAAUUUACUUAUGUUUUGUUAUAUAUUUAUGUUACCUGCUCAUUUUCUCUACAUCUGUUCUAUAUAUCUCGUCAUUGUCGUGAGUUUCCAGGAAUGACUACAUGUUAUGAUGCCGACAUAUAUCUGUGAUUGACCACUGAUGAUUUUAUUUCAAUCCCAUUUGUGAAAGAGGAAAGUUGAAAUCCAUGUUUUAUGUGCACUGCCAUUUACCCAGUACCUCAAAAAACGAACAGACCCUUAUGUGAUCCAUUGCUCUUUGCUUGCAGACAGAAGUGACAUACAGAAAUCCCAGUUAAGGAUUCUUCUCAUAUCUGUUGGACUUGUUGAGAUGUGAUGUUUGUAUGUUUUGUAUGUAACAGCGAUAGAAUGUAUAUACACAUUCUUUUGACACACAGAAAAUUGUGUGUUGCGGUUCUUGUUUUUGUGUAAAAGUUAGUUCAACGUCACAAUAGUAGUAUCCCAGAGGACCUUGAAAUUCCAUUAAAGCAGCCAUUAGUUGUAUCCAUUAGUAGUGUAUCAUAAAUUUUGUCCUGAUGCACUGUGUUUAAUAACAUUUCUGUUUCUCUAUAAAGUAGAAAUAUCAUAAGAAUAUGGUAAAUUUGGUUAGCUAUAAGGUAGUCUGAAUUUCCUCUGAUAACUUUAGAGUUUUGCACAUUGUUUAUUAUUUCUGUCACACUCCUAGUGCUUAAUAAGAAAGAAGAUGCAAUAGUGGCGGAAAACGAAGUAGGUGUAUUGAAUCAUAGAAAAAGACAAAACUAUUAUAUCCUUACUUAUAAGAGAGAGAGAGAGAGCAUCGAAAAUUACCUCAUGAGGGGUGAGUAGUGUGAAAUAUCAUGUAAAAUUUCUAUACUCUCUUACUCUUUGUCAGUUUCCCAUAGUCUUGAACAUAUACUCUAGUUGUGGUUUUGUUCUACUGUAGACAAAAUUCAAUACUUUAGAUUAUUUUUCUUUUGACAGAAUAAAGUGAUAUUUCAUAUUACACCUAUAUAUAGUCCCCUAUAAAUCAGCUUCUCCAGACCCUAUUUUAGCACUAAAUGUUGCAACAGAAAGAUCAGUUUGGCUCCGUGACCCACGUGUUCUACGACUGAACAUGUGGUGCGUAUCUUCUAAGUUGUUUGAAUUAUGACAAAAAUCCGUGCUUAAAAUGUCAUAUAGCAGACUAAUCACAGGUACCGAAACAUUCAGAUUAUGCAAUAGGCUAAACGUUCCAUGAUUUCUAAAUGACUGUUGGUUAUUAUCAGAGCAUAUAACUUUGAGGUAAAUGAGCUUAUUUUUCUCAUUUGCAGCUUAUCGAUAGACAUCUUGCACUAUCUUGGUAAAAUUAUUCUUUAUAGUCUCCCAUUCACAUUCCAUAAAGCAUGCCAUCAAGUAUAUGCAGCUACAUAUACAUGUUUUUCCAAUAACUUAUAAUAUUUAUAAGUUUCUCCUGCUUCAUUAUUGGGCUAUGGUAAGAUGUUUGAUAAUAGACAGUUUAUUACUGGAGAUAUGGAUUGGAUGUGAAGCCUCUGGAAACGUCUGCUACUUUAGAUCACGAACAAUCGUUCUUUGUUAACAUCGACCUUCUCUGUUUUCAGCUGGUCAGCGCAUGUAUUGCAAAACAAAGAGCCUCAGAUUUCAUUGGAUUUUCUUUGAUUUUGAUAGACUUUGUAUAUGUAAACUUGUUUACCGUGUAUUUAAUUGUUUCCAACAUCAAAUCGCAAACAUGUUGUUCCUCUUUUUUUUCUUCUCUCUCUUGUAGGGAAAUAUUACACAACAGCAAUAUCAGAUUUAAACACUUAGUUAUGAAAAUGUGGUGGAUUCUUUCACCCGUUUUACUAGUAUUUAAAAUCUGAUUGCGUAUACAUAAUAUUUUCUACAAAGAGUAUGAAAUGAAACCUAUUCUGCAUAGUUGAGAUUCCAUGGGAAAGAAUUAUGUGAUGACUGUUUUACUAUUAAACUUGUUAAACUGUACACACUAUCAACAAUAAUGUCAUUCACAUCGACAGUAAAUGUGCUUGAAGACGACA